AGGUGGCCAUUAACUGACUAGAGAUGUUUCUUACACCUACGCUUUUCAUCGCUUUUCUCGCGCUUUGUGAGUGCUCGAGAUGUCCGCUCUGUGCCGAUCCCAUGGAGAAUCUUAAACAGGAUAGACUUCAAGCAAUUCAACAACAGAUUCUGGAUAAACUUGGGCUUCCUUUUGCACCAAACUUGACGGAUCCAAAGAUCCCGAAUAUACCCCCACUUCUGCGUCUUCUAGAGACCAGCCGGAACGCCGAGCUAGCCGCAAGCCGGGUAAAACACGAAGACAACUACCAUGCAAAAACCAAAACCAUCAUAAUGUUCCCCGAAAAAGCUCCUACAAUCAUCAGGGAACAUUCGGCAAAAUGCUGCUUCUUCCAGUUUCGCGAAAAAGCCAGCAGACUCCGGAUUUCCAAGGCCACUCUAGACGUCUUUGUGAAGCGAAACCCAAACGCAUCGUCAACCAAUCGAGACCCGCAAAUCAAGUUAUACAAACGAGUGUUCCCCGUAACUGAGGGAAUACCAGAAAAAGAAUUGGUAACUACCAAACCUAUUCGUCCAGGGCAGAGUGGAUGGUACCAUUUCAAGGUGAAAAAACUACUGCGGGAAUGGCGAAGAGAACCGCACAAGAAUCUGGGUGUUGAGUUCGAGAUAGAAGGUAAUGAUGGUUCAUUGAGCUUGGUCACUGAAGGUAAUGAAGCCAAAAAACCUUUCCUAGAAGUCUUCACACACGAUACAGGCAACAAGAGGCGGGCAAAGAGAAGAGCCGGGCUCGAUUGUGAUCCCUAUUCACACGAAAGACGCUGUUGUCGGUACGAAUUGACGGUAGACUUCGAAAAAUUUAGUUGGAACUGGAUUAUCGCUCCCAAACGUUUCAGGGCAUAUUAUUGCACGGGGGAAUGCCAGGAGAUUAUGCUACCCAUGUAUCCACAUGCACAUAUGGUAAAGAAAAGCACCGGCAAAAGGCCUUGCUGUAGUCCGACUAAGAUGUCUUCAAUUUCCAUGAUUUACUUCGAUUUCAAUCAACAGAUAAUGUUCGAGGAGGUGCCAGCAAUGGUAGCAGAGACAUGUGGCUGCACAUAGAGACAUUUCAUUACUCCGCUAGGUGUGUACAGGCCAAGCCAAUAGAUAGGUCAGCAUUCGCAUUCAAAAAAUACAGGGCUUAGAAUUGGGAAUGAAUACUUGCUCAAAUUUACUAGGCAAAAUAGAGGUAAAUCCAGCGUUCACAAGGCUAGAUAUCUUUGAACUGGGAAGAAUUCUUGAAAUUCAAAAGGUUAAAAAGUUAUUAGCCGAACUAGAAACUUAAAGCAUUCAUAAAAGCACAUUAGUUUGGAACCAGACAAAACUUUUUGCCUAAUUUGAGCAUUUACAAGGUUGCAUAUUGCUUUUAACUAAACAAAGCUCCUUUUACUUUCUAGGACAAUUCCGUGUUUAUGCUGCGGAUAUUCGUUUUUUGUAGGCACAAAAAUGUGCUACAAGGCAUUUUGUAGAUGGGCCUUUUUUCUUUUCUGUCGGUCUUAGGGUUAUGAAUUCAUUCCAUAGAAAUACACAAUUGUUCAACAAAUGGUGGCUUCAAGCUAACAGGCUUCAAUUCAGUAACAAAAUUUGAUGUAUAAAUUUAGAAUUUUAGAAAGAGUUAUUUCUGGCUCUUGUUAUUUAUUCAGAAGAGUGUAGAUGCACUUUAAAAGCUUAUGUCGUUUGGGAACAUUUUAUUUCCAACUAAAAGAUUUUGUAAUAGAUAUGAAAGAUUUUGUAAUAAUGGAUACGAAAAAUUUCGUUAUCGACUCGAAAAUGCAAAUGUAAUAGGUUGUCUUACUUCAAUGUGGCUUAAAUGAUGGACUCUUCAGGCCCGUAGCCAGGAUUUUGAGCGGGGGGGGGGGGGGGGGUAGCGUUUAACCGUUUGGCGAACCAUUCUCUCUUAGGCAGCUCGUCUUAACUCGCAGUGGUACUCAAUUUUACUUCAUCAGAGCGGACCAUUCAGUCGAGUGGGGUAGUUUUUCCGAAACCCCCCCCCCCCCCCCCCUGGCUACGGGCGUGCUCUUAUAAGGUUAAAUUGAAGGAUUUCUAAUAAAGUAAUACUACGGUCAAAACGAAUGUAUUUUCGAAGUGAAUAUGAGAUGGAAAGGUUAAACGAGAUUGGAGGAAGAAGAUUUUAAAAUAUCUAGAACAGAUUUGUUUGGUUGAACGAACCUAAAAAAAUAUCCUGACCUCAAAAUUAAACAGUAGAUUAAUUAUUUAUUGAAACUCCCCUGCUGCUCCAUCCCCCCAGAACUGUCGCUAUUUUUAAGGCUGGUUUCAUCGCUGUAAUUCACAACACCUGAUAAGUGAUUGGCUCAAUAAAAUUUUUCUCCAGUAUUUGGGGGAAAAGGCUCA